UUGCCGUUAACAGGCUAGCACAGUGGGCUAACGUUCAGGGGAGCCAUCCUCUCUGUCAGCUGCCUACACAUGAGGUGACGUUGCUAACGCAGAAUAAGUAGCUUUUAAAUCAAUCACUGGAUAAGUUAUCCUUUGUCUCGUUAGUAGCAGCUAAUGGCAGCCUAGGGCGUCAACGUAGUGAAAUGAGCAUCAUAAACCAGCUUCAUAAAGGCAUCUUCUCUGAACUGGGAAGUGAAAAGCAGAGGAUCAGGAUACGGGAAACACCAGCAUGGCUGGAGCGAGAGCUGCUGAAACAGAACAAUAGAAGACACUCAAUAGAAGAAUCUAAAAUCAGAAGACAACCGCAGCACUGUGCAUUUUCAACUCAUCACUUUGAGAUCAGUGAAAAGAUAUCGUUAGAUGAACUCCAGGAUCUGAAAUUGUCCUUUGAGGAAUCUGAUGUGAGUGGGGCAGGGUACGCUGAUGCAAAGAAUUUUGGACAUAUACUCAAGAAAUGCUUGGAUGUUUCUGACAUGAGCAAUGAAGAAAUAUAUCGUUUGUUUAAGAAGAUUGAUUACUCUGAUCAAGGAAAGAUUUCAUGGAUGGAGUUCUCCACCUAUCUGCUCCAGCAGUACGAAGCAAAGAUGGAAACUGUGAGACGCAGGAAGCAGGUGGCCUUUCACUUGCCAGCCCUCAUGAACGAUGGCGGACAUGGCGUUCCUGUAGUCAACAUCCACUCCACCCACGAUGGCGAGGUGUUAACAAUGAGAGAAGAUGGAUUCGUUUGUCAGUGGAGUCCUGACCUUAAACCUCAGAGGACCAAGCACAUGUUUAGUCAUGGAUCUGGCAAAAGAAGUUCAAAGUGGAUAACUGAUUUUACUAUGAUGCCAGAAUACAACAAGCUGAUGAUCGGAACAGGGGACAGAGAGAUUCAGUUUUAUGAACUUUCCACUUUAGAGCCUUACUGCCAAAUCAGUGGCCUGGAAACUAUACCUUUAACUUUAAGCUACAGCUACAUUGGCUCUGAUAACUGUUGUUUUCUAUAUGGUGACAUGGAGGGAUGUAUUACCAUCAUUUUGCUGUUCCCUGCCGAGGACACCCUUAGGUUGUGGAACAGAUUACCAAAGGCUGAAAAUGUGCCUAAUAUUGCUAUUAAAAAUGCUGUGCUUUCCAAAAAUGUGACAUUUGUCAGAUGGAAGGUUCAUCAUGACUGGGUGACACAGGUAAAAUAUUUUCACAAUUUUCAAGCUGUUGUCUCAUCAUCAAAUGAAGAUGCCUCUUCCCUUGUUGUAGGCUGCAUGCUGCCUUCAACAGACUCUGCACAGCAUCUUAGGGAGAUCAGAGAGGUGUGCUACGAGAAUAAAAACAGGAAGAUCCAAUUAAGCUGGACUCCACAUGUCCGCGCAUCUGAGGAUCAGACCAUUUUUUCUAUCUACAAAGGUGUGAAGGCUUUUGACCUUUGUCAGAAGCACAGUUUGCUGGUGACGGGGGGCAUGGACAGACUUGUACGCCUGUGGAACCCACAUUUCUCAGGAAAACCCACUGGUAUUUUAAAAGGCCACUCCGCUCCCAUUCUCUCCCUCUUCAUCUCAUCAGAGGAUGGUCGGAUCUUUUCUGUCUCAAGGGACAACACUGUGAAGAUUUGGCUCAUUGAAGAUCAGUGUUGCCUGUUCACAGCUGACCCCACAGCCAGUGGGAUUCAUGGCGAUGUAUCUGCAUGCUCCUAUUCCCCUCCCAUGAGAUCUCUGUACAUCGCAGCAGACUGCAUAGCUGUUCUCCCCUUGAUGUUGAGGCCAAAAUGUCACAGACGCAUCUCUGUUUCUCAUGAUGAGGCUGUAACGUGCUGCGGCUACAGCGAGGAGUUCCGGCAGGUUGUGAGCUGCAGCGAGGAGGCUGUGGUGAAAGUCUGGGAUUUUGAUACUGGGCGACAAGUUUUUGAGUUUAGUGCAAGACCAGACCUGACCAGCAUCACCUGCAUGACAUUUGACAUUAAGGGAAGAAGACUUAUCACUGGAGGAAGUAAUGGAUACAUAAAGGUAUGGAACUGCAACAGUGGCCACUGUAUAAAGAUAUUAAAGAAAGAGGGUAAAUGCCAUCAGGUGUGUGAUUGCACCUUUCUUAAAGUUCAAGGAAAUUCAUAUGUGGUUGCUGUUGGAAGAGACCGGAGGAUUGACAUUUACACGGAUUCUCCUGGGGAACUUCAUCAUAUCCAGAGACCACAGCCUUCAUGGAAAGACGAUUUGAAAAAUGGCCAUACAGAGGACAUCCUUUGUGUGGUGCAGUGUCCUCCCUCUCUUCUGGCCACCGGCAGCUACAACGGAGAGAUCAUAGUUUGGAACACAGAUUCUGGGUCUAUAAACGAUCAGUUUGUUGGACCUCUUUCAGCUGAGGAUCACAACACUAAAGGACUGGACACAAGUGUUCCAAGUAUGAUUUUUAUUAGAAACUCAAGAUUGACACAGCUGUCUCCAACUCCUGCUCUCCUGACACCUGGAGUCAGAGGGUGGGUAAAUCUCUGGGAUGUGCUCAAUGGACGGAAGCUCAUGAGCAGCUUCAAAGUUUCAAAAUAUCAACAAAAAAUAACAAAACUGUACUUCAUGGAUGAGAAGACACUGCUAUACGCUGCUGACAGGAUGGGUUACAUCUAUAUUUACAACAUGGAGACGUUUGACCCAGAGCAAAGGUCACCCAGAGCUGAACAUUGCUGGCGUGCCCACACCAGCUCAAUUACCAGUUUACAGGUUAUCACCAGUGAUCAAGUGGUGCUUACCUCAUCCACUGACCACACUGUGAGGCUGUGGAGUGAACGAGGAGAAUUCAUUGGGACAUUUGGCCAACCUGAGAUGUGGAGCGUCCAAAUUCCCUCGUCCUGGAUUCAUCCAGGUGUCCCCUAUGAGGUUCUGAUUGAUCCUCUCAGUAUGCCACAUCAUGAUAUUCUGAAAAGAAAGUCUCAUCUCUGUAUCAGUUCUGACGGGAUUGCGACUGAUGGAGGCGAACUAAAGACUGUGUGAAGAAACUGACUGGAAUACCAACAUACCAUCAAACAACUUCGCCCUGAAUGGCUUCUGGACCUUGGAGCAACUGAAUACCUACGAACCACCCAGACUCUCUCUCUGGUAUUGAUCCAUUUAUCAAUAUCAAUACCUCAUGAGAGAACUGGAAUUAACAAACUGAGAUGAAAACAUGUGUCAAUAUAUCACACUAUAUCAAAAGUAAGAAAGUGGGUUAUUUGCAAUGUUAUGAAUCAUCGUAUGUUUUGUUGUUUAACACAACUCGGAUGUGGUGGGACAAAGCUGUGGGCGGAGAAACCAAAACCCUGCUGACCUCUGACUUAGAGAAGCACAUUUCCACAGACGUCCAGUUCAAACUCAGUUUAGUGACUUUCAAAAAAGCUUAACUAAAUUCAAAGUAAACAACCUUUCUGUCUUAUUUUCAUUUGGCUUGUGUGCUUGUUAGUAUGCAUUGCUCCAACACACUCCGACUUCCUCCCAAAGUCCAUAGACAUUAUUGUUGGGUUAAUUAAUCUCUCUAAAUUACGUUUAAGUUUAUGAGUGUGUGUGUGUGUGCACGGUUCUCUGUCCUGUGAGUCUUUGGGUUGUGAAGUACUGGGCACCAAUGCUGCUUUUAAAUCACCUUCAGGCCCCGAAGAUGCCCUGCAACUAAGAAGUAGCUACAGUUCAUAGAUGAAUGAAUGGAUAAAAUCUCUAACACUUAAAAUUUGAAUAAAAUACACUUACAUUUGUGACUUUAAUGUUAAAAUGCAU